AUGGCACUGGCACUGUUAGAGGACUGGUGCUGGAUAAUGAGUGUGGAUGAGCAGAAGUCACUGAUGGUCGUGGGGAUACCUGUGGACUGUGAUGAGGCUGAGAUCCAGGAGGUCCUGCAGGAGACUUUAAAAUCUCUGGGCAGGUAUAGACCGCUUGGCAAGAUAUUCCGGAAGCAGGGGAACGCCAGUGCCGUCUUAUUAGAGCUCAUGGAGGACACUGAUGUCUCAGUGAUUCCAACUGAGGUUCAGGGAAGGGGUGGAGUCUGGAAAGUGAUCUUUAAGACUCCUAACCAGGACACUGAAUUUCUUGAAAGACUGUACCUUCUCCAAGCCCUUGGGCACGAGGGAGUGUCCUCAGCCACGGUACCCUGCAUAUCACCGGAGCUACUGACCCAGUUGUUGGGACAGGCAAUGGCACAUGCCCCUCAGCCCCUGCUGCCCAUGAGAUACCGGAAACUGAGAGUGUUCUCAGGGAGCUCUGUGCCCGCCCUCGAGGAAGAGCCCUUUGAGAUCUGGUUGGAACAGGCCACUGAGAUAGUCAAAGAGUGGCCGGUAGCAGAGGCAGAGAAGAAAAGGUGGCUGAUGGAAAGCCUGCGUGGCCCUGCCCUGGACCUCCUGCAUAUCGUGCAGGCAGACACCCGCAGACACCCGUCAAUCAGCGUGUAGGAGUGUUUGGAGGCGUUUAAACAAGUGUUUGGGAGCCUGGAGAGCCGCAGGACCUCCCAGGUGUGGUAUCUGAAGACCUAUCAGGAGGCGGGGGAGAAAGUCUCAGCCUAGGUGUUAUGGUUAGAGAGGCUGCUCCAGAGAGCAGUGGAGAAGCGGGCCAUCCCAAGGAAUAUCGCGGACCAGGUCCGCCUGGAGCAGGUCAUGGUCGGGGCCAGCAUUAACAAGGUCCUCUGGUGCCAGCUCAGGGAACUGAAGGAUCAGGUCCCGCUUCCCAGUUUCCUUGAGCUGAUGAAGGUAAUACGGGAAGGGGAGGAGGAAGAGGCCUCCUUCGAAAAUGAGAAUACCGAGGAGCAGGAUGAAGGGGAUGGCUAUGGCCGCUGGGAUCAUGAGGGAGAUGAUUAAAAACCAACCGGGAGCGAGACCCGCAGCUGGUGGGCUCAGGGACAUUCACUUUAUCAGGCUAGGAGCUUCUCCGUAGUUUUUCUUGUAAUGUGUGAGAUUGACAUCAAGGUGUUCCAGCCAAUUCUUGGUUUUUCUUUUGAAGAAAAAAUAUCUGAGAGUUCCUUAGACCCUAUGUAGAUCAUUCAUUCAUAAACAAAAGACUAAAUUCCAAAUUUUAGAUAGUAAGCCUAAAGGAAUCGGAAACACCUGUGCUUCCGGUUUGCUUUAAAUACCCCCAAAUAGACCAAAGUUUAUUCAUACCAUAGAAGAAAUUGACAUUAGAAAAUAUAACUUCCGUAAUGUUUGAAAAAUGAAGCUGUGUGACUUAGGUGUUUUUCCUUUCUCAAAUCAGCAAAAACUAUAGCUGUAACCUACAGCCAAGCAGCUAUAACCCUACCCCAUGGCCAUGCUCUCGGGGUAUUUCCAGCCUAGAUGAGGACAUGGCCUGGACUUGAGAAGAGCUGCAUAACCAUGUGUGUAAAUAAGUUCACAACCUCAAUAACAGCAUCAUUGCCAAGUGCAUAGGACCAUCUCUGCCUGUAGGUUUCUUUUUUCUCUUACCUUGGAAUUGCUCCUCCUCCCAUCUUGCUGCUAGGCUUCGGAUAGAACUAGGUGCUGGGUCAAGUCCUGAAGACACAGAUGACUUGGCCUAAUCCCAGCUUUCAAGAGGUCAGAGAGAUGUCCUCAAAGAAAAGGUGGACAUUAGAGGUCAGUGUGCACAAGAGUGGGGAUGUGCAGGGCAGGUUGGGGUCUAGCAAGCAAGUCUGAGCAGAAAGGAAGGUUUCUAGUGGCAACAAAGGGCAAAGAGGAGGGAACUUAGAUUUAUCGAGGAUCUAGUAUGUGCAAGGUGUUUCAUGUAGAUCUCACUUCACGUGCACAUCAGCCCUUUUGAGGAUAAUUUUGCUCUUUAUAAAGAGAAAGAAACAAGCUCAGAUGGGUUAAGUGGUCUCUUCAACACCAAAAUGCUAAGAAGUGGAAGAGCUUAGGUGGAAACCCAGAACUUUCUGGCUCAAGCUAAAUCGCUCUCCAUCAUCACAGUGGCUUUCAAAUUGUGCUCUGCAGUUCUGCAGAGAUUUUUCAGCAGUUGCAUCCUCAAAAUAUAUUUUACAUUCUUUAAAUCUCUAAUUAAUAACAGGUAGACUGAAAUGUGUUGAUAACCAAAUUUUAACACAUGGGCAUUCACCAACAGGUUUGCUUCUAUUUCCAGAUUGACUCAUUUUGUGCAGACCUUGAAACAAAGCUUCCCUUAUGGUAUCUGUGCACAUAUCUGAGCUUCUUUUAAUUGUUCGUAGAUUUAAAAAGCUGUAGCACCUCAUGAGUGCUUAAAUCAGGCCUGUGCAUGUCAUGCAGGUGCGCUAGUGUAGCAUAAAUGAGCACCAUUUAGUUACAUGCUAGGCAAAGCUCCAACACAGUUGACAUACAGCCUCAUGGUAGAUUUGUCAUACUAUACACAAGUUGCUUGGCUUCUCUGAACAUAAGUCUUCUCAUCCAAAAAAUGGAAAGAUGAGAUUCUAGCGUUGUUGUUAGGAUCAAAUGACAUAAUGCCUUUUAAACACUUCACACAAUGAUGUCUGGAACAUAAAAAGCCCUCAGUACGAUGAGGCUCUUGUUAUGAUUUUCAUGAAGCUUAUUGUCUGCUCAGUGCAUGCUCUCUUUAUUGUUCUCACAGCUGUGCAGUAACAAGUAAACAUGUAAUCUUCCAGUCGAGUUGUGAUACCGUGGCAUUACUGUAAAUUUGAGUGCUUGUUGUUUUUUAUAUUUAUAAAUAUUCCAGCAGUUGUUGGUGAUUGUUAGUGAUUCGACUCUGAAACAAUAACUAAUACUUUCUGAUUGUGGUUCACUUUAAAGAAUAUCCUGAGAUUGUACGAAAAGCAUAUUUUUACAAAAGGUACCAUUUGUGAUCAUUUGUCUUUCUGAAUUAUAUUUUUCAGUAUUGUUUAACCAAAAUGAUGCAAUUACCGCCCAUUGCAGUCUGAUUUCAUGAGUUUUUGUGUUCAUUAAACUGGCCUCAUUGUUAUCGUUGAUUGACAGUACACAAAGUAAAAUGUUAUAAAUAUGAAGUUAUAAAAUAAAUAUAUGAUAAUGAAAUCCUGAAUAUUUUUUAUUCCUAUAUUGUGGUCUGUAUAAACUAUUGCUUAUAGAAGGAGCUUCAUUACUAACAAUAACAUUUCUGAGAGAGAAGCUUAGAAAGACAAGUUAAAGCCAAAAGGUCUUGAACUCCUCUGGGCAAGAAAACCUGAGAGCAAAACGCUGGAGUAAGGAUACUCGGGAUGUGUCUUCAGGGAUGGGAGAGAGCUCAGUCUACCCAUCACUGAUUUCCCUUUUAAAAUACAUAAAAAUGACAGAUGGAGGCUGGUUCCCUCAGAGACCACCAACUCACUUGCUUA